UUCCCCCGGGCUAAGAAAUGAAACGACCUACCGUUUUAUUGCCUUGAAUCGAGCAUCAGUAUUCAUGCCCAACAAAGCGCGAAACCCCCAAGCUCGUUAAUGAUCAGAUGGAUGAUGAGCAUCUGUUAUCUCCAUUCCCUCCAAAAGCCUCUUCUCCAGUGUCAUUGCCUACCUUUUACACCCUUCACUCCCAAAACCUCACACCUGAAUUUUCAUAAAGUUCACAAAUUUUUUAUCCAGACUCCUAAAGAAUUUAACCAACACCCAAUCGUUACUAGUUUCUCAAGCACAACGCAAAAGUUGUAUUUUUAUUCAUCACCCACUUCAAUUUCCUACUCUAAGCUCCUCUCGCAAUGCACUUCUUCAAAAUCUUUAACUCCUGGCAUGGAGAUUCAUGCCCACGUAAUCAAAUUGAGGUCUUCUCAAGACCCCAGAAUAAGAAACCUUUUGAUCAAUCUUUACUCAAAGUGCCGAUUUUUCCGUUAUGCGCGGAAACUGGUUGAUGAAAGUACUGAACCGGAUUUGGUUUCUUGGUCUGCUUUGAUUUCUGGGUAUUCACAAAAUGGGUUUGGUAAAGAAGCAAUUUCUGCCUUUUAUGAGAUGCAUCUGUUGGGUGUUAAGUGCAAUGAAUUUACUUUUCCCAGCGUACUGAAGGCUUGUACUGUCACUAAGGAUUUGUGGCUAGGAAGGCAGGUUCAUGGGACUGUGGUGGUAACGGGGUUUGAAAAUGAUGAAUUUGUAGCUAAUAGCUUACUUGUUUUGUAUGCAAAAGGUGGGGAGUUUGUGGAUUCCAGGAAGCUAUUUGAUGCAAUUCCAGAAAGGAGUGUUGUUUCGUGGAAUGCAUUGUUAUCAUGUUAUGUCCAAAGCGAUUCAUGUGGAGAAGCAAUUGAUUUGUUUAAGGAUAUGGUUUUGAGUGGAAUAAGGCCUAACGAAUUUAGUUUGUCCUGUAUGAUAAAUGCUUGUGCUGGAUUGGAGGAUAGUAAUCAAGGAAGAAAGAUGCAUGGAUACUUGAUAAAGCUUGCCUAUGAUUUAGAUCUAUUCUCAUCAAAUUCUCUUGUUGACAUGUAUGCAAAAGUGGGAUCUCUUGAAGAUGCUAUCCAUGUUUUUGAGGAAAUUGAAAAACCUGAUAUUAUCUCUUGGAAUGCUGUUAUUGCAGGUUGUGUUCUUAGCGAGUACCAUCAUCGGGCUAUAGAGUUGUUUGGCAAAAUGAAUAGGUCGGGGAUAUGCCCAAAUAUGUAUACAAUAUCAAGCGCUCUUAAAGCCUGUGCUGGAAUGGGUCUCCUGGAAAUGGGAAGACAGUUGCACUCUUGCUUAAUAAAGAUGGACAUAGGAUCAGAUUCCUUUCUUGGUGUUGGACUCAUAGAUAUGUAUUCUAAGUGUGAAUUAAUGACUGAUGCAAGAUUGGUUUUUAAGUCAAUGCCAGAGAAGGACUUGAUUGCUUGGAAUGCUGUGAUCACUGGACAUUCACAAAAUGGAGACGACAUAGAAGCUGUUUCUCUUUUUCCUUUGAUGCGCAAGGAGGGAGUAGGAAUCAACCAGAUAACUUUAUCAACAGUUCUUAAAUCUAUUGCUACCUUACGGGCUGACCACAUUUGCAGCCAAGUUCAUGCAUUUUGUGUGAAAGCAGGGUUUGAAUCUGACAACUAUGUUGCAAACAGCCUUAUUGAUGCGUAUGGGAAAUGUGGUCAUAUAGAAGCUGCAAACAGAGUGUUCAAAGAAAGCCCAAUAGUAGAUUUGGUGGCAUUUACCUCUAUGAUAACAGCUUAUUCUCAAGAUGGACAAGGUGAAGAUGCUUUGAAGCUCUAUCUGGAGAUGCAAGAUAGGGACAUCAAGCCAGAUUCCUUUCUGUGCAGUUCUCUUCUGAAUGCAUGUGCAAAUUUAUCAGCAUAUGAACAAGGGAAACAAAUCCAUGUUCAUGUCUUGAAGUUUGGAUUCACAUCAGAUAUUUUUGCUGGGAAUUCUCUUGUUAACAUGUAUGCAAAAUGUGGAAGCAUAGAUGAUGCAGAUCGUGCUUUCGCUGAAAUACCUCAGAGAGGAAUAGUAUCAUGGUCUGCAAUGAUUGGAGGACUUGCUCAACAUGGGCAUGGAAAAGAGGCCCUUCAAUUAUUCCAUCAGAUGCUAAUAGACGGUGUUCCUCCUAAUCACAUAACUCUAGUUAGUGUACUUUGUGCUUGCAAUCAUGCAGGUUUGGUAGCUGAAGCUCAACACUAUUUCAAAUCAAUGAAAAAGUUGUUUGGUAUUGAACCAAUGCCAGAACAUUAUGCUUGCAUGAUUGACCUCCUUGGUCGAGCAGGAAAAUUGGAUGAGGCAAUGGAGCUCAUGAAUAUAAUGCCAUUUCAAGCAAAUGCUUCAGUGUGGGGAGCCCUUCUUGGUGCUGCCAGAAUCCAUAAGAACGUUGAGCUUGGACAACAAGCUGCUGAGAUGCUGUUUGCUCUAGAACCUGAAAAAUCAGGUACCCAUGUUCUUCUUGCAAACAUUUACGCAUCAGCUGGCAUGUGGGACAAUGUAGCAAAGAUGAGAAGACUUAUGAAAGACAGCAAGGUGAAAAAGGAGCCUGGGAUGAGUUGGAUAGAGAUAAAGGACAAAAUAUACACAUUCAUAGUAGGAGAUAAAAGCAAUUCUAGAAGUAAGGAAAUCUAUGCAAAGCUUGAUGAGUUAAGUGACCUCUUGAAUAAAGCUGGUUAUGUUCCUAUGUUAGAUGUUGACCUUCAUGAUAUUGAUCCAAGUGAGAAAGAGCAAAAUCUAUACCACCACAGCGAAAAACUUGCAGUUGCUUUUGGCUUGAUCGUCACCCCACCAGGAGCUCCCAUUAGAGUGAAAAAGAAUCUUCGAAUUUGUUUGGACUGUCAUACUGUAUUCAAGUACAUUUGCAAAAUUGUCUCAAGGGAGAUAAUUGUCCGAGACAUCAACAGAUUCCACCAAUUCAGAGAUGGUUCAUGUUCUUGUGGGGAUUAUUGGUAGCAUCCUAGGAUAAUCUUUUAUUCGUUCCCUGUACACUAACACCUGAAAAUCCCCCCUACAUGCCUCAAAAUCAGGGGCAUGUUGAAGGCCUAAUUUCUUUCCUUUUGUCCUAUCUGUGCUUAUUUGAAAUUUAUGAAAUUUUGAUCAUCUUCAAUGUAGUUCAACCGUAAUUUAUUCAUAAAAGAAGAUCCCCAGUUUUGAUAU